GGAUAGAAGAAGAAGCUAUUGGAUUAAUUCACAGACGAAAUUUUUAGUGUGCUUGGUGUGUUUCACAAAAUUAUUCUAAUAUUUUUUGCUGCAUCUAGCAUAAAUUGAGAAGCAUAUAGCCUAUAGACUGGAGAAUGGCCCUAAACAUGACUGUUCGUGUUCAUCCAGUAGUGUUAUUUCAGAUAGUUGAUGCAUACGAACGGAGAAAUGCAGAUUCUCAACGUGUCAUCGGGACUCUUUUAGGAACUACCGAUAAGGGAAUCGUGGAGGUAACAAACUGUUUUUGUGUCCCCCACAAAGAGCACGAUGACCAGGUGGAAGCAGAAUUGGGGUAUGCCCAUGAAGUUUACGAUCUCAAUCGACGGGUCAAUGCUUCUGAAUUGAUUGUUGGAUGGUGGGCAACAGGAAACGAGGUAACAAAUCACAGUUCUGUGAUUCACGAGUAUUAUUCUCGAGAAUGCAACAAUCCUGUGCAUGUUACCGUGGACACAUCACUUCAUGGUCUUCGGAUGAGUUUAAAAGCCUUUGUGUGUGUUACUCUUGGGGUACCCGGUGGUAAAACUGGUAAUAUGUUUACCCCAAUAAACAUCGAAAUAACCAGCUAUGCUCCAGAGACCGUUGGCCUUCAGCUUUGCCAAAAAACUAUUGCUUUGCCCACUUCUUCUCAAACACAUGCUGUUCAGCCCAUGGUGGACCUUGCCCAGGUAGCUGAAGCCGCUAGCAAGUUGCUGAGUCUAUUGGAUCAAGUUCUUGUCUACGUGGAAGAUGUACUGUCAGGGAAGCAACAACCAGACAACUCAGUAGGACGCGCUCUACUUGACCUAAUUCAUUCGGUACCGAAUAUGUCGUCUGAUCAAUUCGCCCAAAUGUUUAAUUCCAACGUGAAAGAUUUAUUAAUGGUUGUUACAUUGUCGCAACUCAUCAAGACACAAUUGCAACUAAAUGAGAAGCUCCCUUUUCUUUGUUCCAAUUAACUCCUCUCAAAUAUUGAUAACUCAAUAAAAGUUAAUCAAAUUGGUA